CGAGUCAAUUUUUUCAAUCCCAACCGAGUUAACUCCAUAACACCAAGUACUUCCAACUUAAAAACCUAACUCCAAUUCCAUUCACCAAUGGAAGAGUUAAAGGUUUCAGAAGCUAGUUUAAUAGUUUACAUUCAUCCUUCUAAAAGCAAUCAAGUUUCAAAAGAUGUUCCUCGUGAACUCAGUUCUUUGCUUUUCACGUACAGUGAUAUAUUCGACGGUGUCGUUUUGGCUUAUGAUAUUAACUCGUUAUACAAAUGCGCAAAGAUUCUUCCCGGUGUUUGUCCUUAUUUCGGUGUUAAUCUGAAGGUCAAUAUGUUGCUUUUUUCUCCCAAGCCAAAUAUGCUUUUAGAAGGAAAGGUAGAGAAAAUUACACAUGAUUCGAUUCAUGUUGUUGUGCUUGGGUUUUCUGCUGCGAUUAUAGCCGAGAAAGAUAUUAGGGCAGAGUUCGUAAUGAAACACGAUAAAGGAGUGUAUGCAAGCAAAUCUCACAAGCGACACGUGAUAAAGAAAGAGACCAUGAUUCGAUUUAUGGUGAAGAGCUUUGAUGAAGAAACACUUCAGGUUUAUGGAUCUCUGAUUCCAGAUAACACAAGAAGCAUACAUUUUGUUGGAUAAGAACUUGGAAGUUGUUCUCAUUUUAAUUAUUGGAGACUUGGGUUAAUUCAAUUGAGGCUGUUCAACAAUAACUAUCAUAAUUGCAUCGUGUUACGGAGGAAAGUUUGAUGGAUCGCGUAGGUAUCAAUAUGCAUGAAGCAUGCCUGCAGAUUGACAAAGAAUGCAGGUUAGUGGAAAAGUUGUUUGAUCUCUCCUGCUGCAGCCUUUUGUUUCUAGUUCCAUUUCUUUAUUCAUCAACUUAUUGAACAUGAGUGUGGAUGUUAGAGUUUCACAAAAGUAUUUGUAAAACUGAAGCAAUCAAAAGCAUGAUAUCUCUCUUUUAUUCAUCAGGUUCUUUAGGAAGUGUAUUGUGAUUUUGUUAGUUUUAUGUGUGUAAUUACUUAUUGAUUAAUCAAAACCAUGAUAUCUCUUUUAUUCAUCAGGUUUGUGAUUUUGUAAAACUAAAAAUAUUUGCAGUAUCAUGUUCUUGAUUUUUAAUGUAGGAUUGAAUGUAUCAGUUCUUGAUUAUUGUAUGUUGUGAAGUUAUGUUUUGGA